UAAGUUUUCUUCAAAACCAAACCAUCUUACUUCUAGUUCCAGCCUUAUUGAAGAUGUCAAAAACAAAUAACAACAGGGCUUCAAGACAUCACACCCAGCGUUCUGCAACCCCAGGAAAGGCAACAUUGCUUGCUCUGGGCAAGGCCUUUCCAAAGCACGUCAUUCCCCAAGAAUGCUUGGUCGAGGGCUACAUUCGCGACACAAAUUGUCAAGACCCCUCCAUCAAGGAGAAAUUGGAACGCCUUUGUAAAACAACUACUGUGAAAACAAGGUACACUGUCAUGUCCAAGGAGAUUCUCGACGCCCAUCCUGAACUGGCCACGGAAGGCACAGCGACGAUCAAACAAAGACUUGAAUUAACAAAUCCAGCCGUCGUCCAGAUGGCGGUGGAAGCCAGCCUUGCUUCUAUAAAGGAAUGGGGAAGGUCUGCCACAGAUAUCACCCACAUCGUCUAUGUUUCCUCCAGCGAAAUCCGCUUACCUGGGGGUGAUCUCUACGUCGCCACUCAACUCGGCCUCAGAAACGACGUCAACCGUAUCAUGCUUUACUUCCUCGGCUGCUACGGCGGUGUCACCGGACUCCGAGUGGCGAAAGACAUCGCCGAAAACAAUCCGGGCAGCAGAGUGCUUCUAACAACUUCCGAAACUACACUCCUUGGAUUCCGCCCUCCCAACAAAUCCCGCCCCUAUGACCUUGUCGGAGCGGCACUCUUUGGCGACGGUGCAGCUGCUGCAAUAAUCGGAGCAGACCCAGUAUGUCCAGAGUGUCCUUUCAUGGAACUAAACUAUGCAAUACAGCAGUUCCUCCCUGGAACCCACAAUGUCAUCGAUGGAUACCUCUCCGAAGAGGGAAUAAACUUCAAACUCGGGCGAGACCUUCCUCAGAAAAUAGGAGACAACAUCGAGGAAUUCUGCAAGAAACUAAUGAUGAAGACUGAUGUCAAGGAAUACAACGACCUAUUCUGGGCCGUGCACCCUGGAGGACCGGCGAUACUUAACCGUAUGGAGAGCGUUCUGAAGCUGAAUGAGGAGAAGCUGGAGUGUAGCCGGAGGGCACUGAUGGAUUACGGGAAUGUGAGCAGCAACACUAUCUUCUAUGUUAUGGAGUAUAUGAGGGAAGAGCUGAAGAAGAAAGGGGGAGGGGAAGAAUGGGGACUGGCUUUAGCAUUUGGUCCUGGGAUUACAUUUGAAGGCAUCCUUCUUCGUAGCCUGUGAUCAUAUCUCUGUUGUGGGGUUUAAUUUGCAUUUAAGAAGGUUUUAUAUGCUUUUGAACUUUUCUCAAAAAAAAAAGAAGGUUUUAUAUGCUAGCUUCUUAAUUAUUUUAAUUUCUUAUAGAAAGUUGUUGGAGUAUGUUAUAUAUAUGGUGAUAAAUAACAAAAAUAAAUUAUUUUUUUCAUU